AUGACUGCGCAAGCGCAAGCCCUCGCGCUCCCAGGCGUCCUGGACCCCCUCAGUUCCUCGACACUGAACAAACUCCACGAAACAGGCCAACGACCGAGUAAGAAGCGGAAAUUUGUGUCAGAAGGUGCCGGCAAUGCUGCGGGUCAGCUUGCCACUACCUCGAUUGUUAUUCGCGCCCAUGCAGCUUCCUUAUCAGACAACCCCUUAGUUCUCGAUCCGAUUGUCGCUCUUCCCCGAUCUCGAUUUCCGCUUUCCUGGAUUGACGACGCGUCGUCUUCGCGCCGCUCCGAUUUACAGCCUGGUGGAGGCCUGUUCGUGGCCGAUAUCCCCGCACUGGAAAAUGAUUUACGGCCAAGGCCAAGGGUGGGCGUGGAACAGACCGUUCUUGUCGUCCGGUUGGUGGACGAGGGAGCGAUUUAUGUUGUUGAGAGGGUGAAGAGGGGAAUCUACUCGUUAGCUAGGCUUGCGAGGUGGGUUCAUGAGGGUGAUAUCGUUGUUGCGGCGAAGGGGUGGCAGGGUAAUGAGGAUAUUGAGAUGGAUGUGGAUAUGGAGACCGAUGGGGAGAGUGAAGACUGCAGUCUUCCGGAUCCGCUUAAUUGGUGGCAGGCUGCUCAGAUCGAGGAACCUCAUUCGGAUCUGGGGUUGGGAGACGAUUUUGCCGGUUUGAGGGUCGAUAUGGUUUUUGGUCAGCCCGAGGUUGAUGUCUUCCAGGCUGAACCUUCGUUCGUGGAUGAUAUCGCGUCUCGCAGUCUGUCUCGUGGCCAGUCUCUUGUGCAGCCAUCGCAGAGUGCGGCUCACGAUGAUGUCUUCUAUACGCCCUUGGAGUCACAGCUCAAUGCCGAGGCAAUGGAUGUCGACCGUGCUGUUGAUCAUACCGAAGGUGAUGCGAAGCAAACACCGGCUGAGCUGCUUGAAGGAAUGAGGGAUCAUUAUCUGCAGGCUCUUUACAUUUCUAAGACAUCUCUUGCCUACUUCGCCAAAGGCCCUCUCACGCGCUGUCGAACUGCCUUUCAAACGUCUGCCAUUGAAGGCUCCCACUCGCCCGCCGAUCUUGUAGAAUUCUACCGAGAGGCUAUCCUUGCCGCCAAGAAGAUGGAUCUGAAAUUCAGAGAAUCUGUUCCAGCUGCUAUGCGUGAUGCGGUGCUAGCCCUAUCUGAUAACGAAGGCACCGGGGCAUCCAAGAAAAGGAAGAGUAAGAAGAAGAAGAAGAUCGGCAAGAAUGGCUUAUAUCCUGAGGAGGAUAGCUUCAUUCACAAAUGGUGGAAGGAUCGCAGCAUGGCAGAAUUCUCAACACAUGAAGGUGCUCGAGAAACAGAGACAAAGAAACAAGUUUCCGAUUUGCGUCUUCGGGAAACGCAGUUGCAGAUUUUACUCAUUCUGGAGGUUUUGUCGUUGGAGUCAACACCCACUGAAGCUAAAAACAAGCCGAAAGAUGGAGACAUGGAAGUAGCCAGCGAAGAGAAGGCCGCUUCAAAGAAAACCAAAGCUAAAAAGGCACAAGACCUUAAUGUGCUUCUUGAACUGCAUCUUGAUCGCCUGUGCAUCUGGCAUGCUGUCAGUAUGGAGGACUCGACCGGCGUGGAAUCGGCCAAGACAUCGUCUUUUAGCGAGAACCACAUGUCCGGCAAGAAGGUAGAGAGUGAUGCGGUUCGCGACUUUUGCACCGAAGUCAUCAUUCCAUUCUAUGCAUCACGCCUACCUGACAAGUGCAAGCUUAUCACACGGAAAUUCGGAGUUUCUGGUGGAAUCUCCCCCGUCGCCAAAAAGGCCCAGUCGUCGAAUAAAAGCCGCGUGGAAGCUGGCGCAGAAGUCAAGCGCCAACAGCCAGCACCGAAAUCUCGGCGCUCUUUGCAGCGGGUACUUACAGAUGAAAAGGCUGCGGCAUCUCGGAAUGGAGCCCCAUCACUGCAUCGAUCGAAGACAGCUCCAUCGAAGCAAGAAUCGAACCGCGACUCAAUGGAGCCUCUUCUACCACACCACCUGAGCGGUAGCGUCCGAGGUGGCAUUCAACAGGCGAAACGACGAGAUAACCGCGAAGUUGAUCUCGAUGCUGCUGCACGCCAACACGAGACCAAAUUGCGUAAGGUACAGAUGCUUGUUGACCAAAAGAAGGAACUCGAUGCUGCAAUUCAUGCCCUGCGCAAGCCAAAUCGUGAGCUUGUGGCAAAGGAUAUUGCUGAGGACGCUGUGAAAAGAGUUCCCACCGGUGGCAGCGCACGCAAAUCGAAGAACCCUGUUCGUAAUCCAUUUGGCGAGGGCGUCCAGGUCAUGGCUACACCUCGUGGAAAUCGCAAGAGAGAUGCAGUAGUCGGUAUGCCACCACUGCCUCGCAGUCUCGCGCCGUCUCGUUCCUAUGCGGGUGAAAUGCCAGAUCAAUCACUAGAAGAAUCACCUGUGAUGAUUCCUUCUUCGAGUCAGCGGGCCACUUCAUUUUCAGGCCCCGAUGCAAACCUGUUCAGUUCCCGCCGCACAACAACUACCAGUGGCAUCAAGCGACCUGCUCCAUCAGCUGAACUUGGCUCUAUACAAGAAACUCCGACCCGACCAUCUUCCAAACUCUUAUUCGACGGCGAUAAGAAUGCCACCUCAACAGAUCCGGACGAUCUACUCUCAAAGUCAUCCAGAGGGAAAGGUCUCUUCCUAGUCCCUAACCUACCAGCACCUCGUUCCACUGCCGGCGAUCUCACAGCAGAACCAAUGGCACCAUCAACACCCAUUUCAUCACGACACCAAGGAGAAAACCCAUCAUUCGUCCCCGGCUCAUCACCAUUAAUGGCCGACUCUAUUCAGAAUAACCACCCUUCGGGCGGGAUAAUGGAAACACCGCCGAGAAAACAGGGCACUCCCUUAAUAUCAUCCCGCUCCGUUCCAUUUCAAAUACCCAUUCAAACUCUCUCCACGAAACGCACUCGAGCGCCAUCUCCCCCGCCGUCACGAGGAGCUUCUACCGUGCCAGUCACGCCGGAGAAGUCCCAAUCAAAAUCCAUCUACGAACAAUUGGGCUGGGAUGAUGACGAUAUGGAUUUGUGA